AUGGAUUUUCUUCCUGGGCGUAUAUAUUCUAGCAAACAUAUGGGCCUUAGAAAAUGGUACAACCCAGUUCUCGGUGUGAAGGAAGAAUUGGACAAUUACUCAGAUGAGGACUACUUGGUUAGACCAACAGCAAUUUUUGUAGCCUGCAAGUAUGAGGAGAUUUUUGUUCCUCUUGUGGAGGAUCUUGUUCUGAUAUCAGAUAAGGCAUAUACAAGGGAAGAAGUUAUCGAUAUGGAGAAAGUAAUUGUCCUUUUGAUAGAGGAAGAGGAGGAAAUCGUGCGGGGUCUUGGAAUGCUAUAGUUUUAAUGGACGAACAAGGCCCUCAGCGUAAAGCAAAGGGAGUUGCGAUUAGGUUGCCACAGCUCAUCAUUUUAGUCAUAUUUUCCCAGUAUAUACCUCACUUGAUGCGUGGUGAGACGUAUGUCUUCGACAGCUUUGUUGUUAUAUUCUUGGUGGGGAUUAUUUGGAUUUAUGCUGACCUGCUCAACGUUGGUGGGGCUUACAACUAAAACC